AUGUCCACCCAAUUCGACCGUAUAUUCCAUGGGACCAGCACUGUACCGGGCCGCUUCCGUAUCGCGGCACCUGGUAUGGCCUGGCGCCCCGAGAGUGGCGAGAAGGACAAGGAGCAAAAUUUGGUAGCUGAUAUUCUUCGAUGGGCUCAAUGGAUGCGCGUCGCACGUGGAUAUCAGCUUCGUAUUGGGUUGAAGGACCGUAGUAGGGAGACUUUCGACGGCUUUGAGCGCGAGGAUCAAGACAGGAUCACUAGCUUACUAAAACAGCACUUUGGUAUCGUACUUGAGGUCCAGGAGAUCUCCAUCAAGGGCUGGAACUGGGGCGUAACCGAUUUCCGAGGCGAAGAGCUUGCCUUUUUAGUAUCGAACAAACUCGCGUUUGAGCUCCCGCUCACAGACGUCGCCAACUCAAACAUCGCCGGCCGCACAGAAGUCUCGCUUGAGUACCAGCCUCCGCAGCGUAAGGGCAAGAAUGCACCAGACGAGAUGGUCGAGAUCCGGUUCUUUGUACCCGGUACUGCAAGCAAGAACAAGGGUUCAGACGCCGGCUCGGAUGCGGAUAUCGAGAAUGACGACGAGGAAGAGAUCAGUGCGGCACAGGCAUUCCACGACGCAAUCAAGGAGAAGGCCGAGCUUGGACAGGUUACGGGAGAUAUGAUCCUGCGCUUUGAGGAAGUGCUCAUUGUGACCCCGCGUGGCCGCUACGACGUCGACAUGUUCCCCGAAUUCUUGCGGUUGCGGGGUAAGACGUACGACUACAAGAUCGCAUACCCGAGCAUUCAAACGCUCUUCCUACUACCCAAGGACGAGAUGCAUAUUUUGUUUGUCCUCGGUCUUAGCACGCCUAUCCGCCAAGGUCAGACGCGCUACCAAUACCUCGUCAUGCAGUUCAACCGGGAGGAAGAGACAACCGCCGAACUAAACAUGAGCGACGAGGAUAUCGCAAAACAUGAGCGCUUGAAGAAGAACUACGAGGACCCAACUUUUGAGGUCGUCUCCAGCAUCUUCCGCGCCCUCUCCGGUCGCAAGAUCAUCAGCGGUGGCAGCUACAUCUCCCGCAACCAAACACCCGGCCUCAAAGCCAACCUCAAAGCCGUCCAGGGCGAUCUUUUCCUCCUCGACAAGUACAUCUUCUUCGUCUCGAAGCAACCCGUACUUGUCGAACUCGCCGAUGUACAUCAAGUCGUGUUCUCCCGUGUCGGCAGCAGCUCCAGCGCCACAGCCGGCCGCACAUUCGACGUCCGCGUUGUAUCACGUUCCGGCCCGGAGCAUACAUUCUCCAGCAUCAACAAGGAGGAACAGGACGCCAUCAUGGCUUACUUCAAGGAGAAGAAGGUCAGGUUGAAGAACGAGACGGCACCGGAGGAGGCGAUUGCUGCUGCCAUCGACGACUCAGACGAGGAGAUGCAGAGUGUCGCGAGCGAUGAUGGCGAGAAGCCACGUGUGCGCUUGGCCGGUGAUGAGGAUGAGGACAGUGAAGAGGAUGAGGACUUCCAGGCCUCGUCAUCUGACGGCGGCUCCCCGACUUCAUCCUCCGGCUCAGACGACGACGACGACGCCGAAGGUGGCAAAUCCGACGCAGGCGGUGACUCGCCCAAGGCGAAGGGCAAGGCAAAGGCACCACCCACGAAGAAGACUGCGCCGAAGAAGUCGAAGGGCUCAGAGGAGAGUGACGCGGACGACAGCGACGACGACAAGCCUGCCAAGAAAGCUGCACCUAAGCCUAAGCCGAAACCAAAGCCCAAGGCGAAGAAGGACGACGACGCUAUGGAUGUGGACGACGAUGCGCCUGCAAAGCCCAAGCCCAAACCCAAACCGAAGGUGGCGAAGAAGGAUGGCGAGGAGGGACCGGCGAAGAAGAAGCUUAAGACAGCUUGA